GGCUGUGUUAUCAUUGGUAUAAAACGGAUGAUAUCUGCACGUUUCUGUUAUUGCUAUUACGAAAGCACGGUGUGUAGUAUCUCUGUGUUGACCAAGAAAAGACCCAGAGAGCACCAAGCAGAUGCAGCCUUCGUAGAGUUCUGCCGGCCCAGCUGCAGUGUGGACUUCUGCAGGAAGCGUCCCCGUGCCAUAUGCUCUGCCAGUGAUGUCGCAGAUACAAUAGUGGACUGUCAAGGAAAAUGCCAGCACACCUCCUGCCAAGCGUGCACCCUUAUAGACGAGCCCACGUGUCCGGCAUGCUCGCAGAGCGACUUCCGGUGUCUAAAGAAGUUCGGCAAGUGUAUGCAGAAGUUCAUUUGUUCCAGUCGAAAGAGGUCUUGUUCGUGGACUCCAAAAUCCGUAAAAGUAGAAGAAUCAAACAGCAAAGGCGUUUAUCGUUUUCCAGCUUGUCUUGCCUCGUCAUAA